UAGAACGAGAAAGUUGAGAGAACGUGAGCCUCGCUCUCGUCUUCAAGAUCGGUUCAACCAUAAGCAUGCAACCGGCGUGGUCACACAUCGCCUUUUCUUACUUCGCCUCGCCUUGAGCAUAAAACCAAUCAACAAAGGGCCAGCACCGAUCGAGCUACUGACAGUACCCCCCAUCAUGGCCAUGGCUGCCACCUCAUCCGCUCUGCUAGGCGCUCUCCUCCUUCUCCCCCUCUUCUCGGUGGUCGUCCACUGCUCCGUUGCGGGGGUCGCGCCGGCAGCGCCGCUGGACCAGCUGUGCGGGAGCCUGGGCAGCUUCUACGUCACGCCGGAGCUCUGCACCGCGGCGCUCUGCGGCGUCGACGCCGCCGCCUGCCGCUCCGCGCGCGGCACGCCGGAGCUCGCCGCGCUCGCCACCAGGCUGGCGGCGGCCAACGCCACGGCGGCCAAGGCCAGCCUCGAGUCCGCGCUCGCCCUCGCCGCGGAGCCGGCGUCGGCGGCGGACGCCGAGGCCACCAAGGGCAUGCGGUCGUGCCUGCAGCUGUACGCGGGCGCCGUGCCGGCGCUGCGCUGGGCGUCGCGGGCCGUGGCGGCCGGGCGGUACCGCGGCGCGCGGGAGGUGCUGGACGCCGCGCAGUACGUCGCGUCCGGGUGCGCCGGCAUGGCAGGCGAGGCGGCGCUGCCCAGGGAGAACGACAGGUUCAGCUCCAUGGCCAUCGUCGCGCACGCCGUCGUCGCAUCCAUGUCCACCGCCUGAAGCCGCUCCGUCGAUCCACCGAUCAGCCGCUGCUGAUGCUCCUCCGGUAAUGAUCAAAGGAAAGACCAUGUCUGCCUGCAACAGCUCUGUAAUGGUGUCAUGUGGGUUAGUGUCUUAGUGAGCUGUAAUUUCGCUAAGCUAAACUCUCUCGUGCUGUUUAUUCACCUGCUGUCGCGGUAAUUAACUCAAGUAUUGAGCUUGUGAGAAUUUUAUCUUUAA